ACUACGGCCCCCCCCGGGCUCCAGGACCCUCCCCUCAGGGCUCCGGAGCUGUUGCUCCGCCUGCCGCCCCCUCCCCCGUCCUCUCCACCCCCCAUCCCACCUCCCCACCCCUCGUAAGAAAAUAAUGCUGGUUGGCGCUCGCACCUCGCAGUCUCUCCCAGUCCUCUGUGAGGAAAGGGCAACCCGCUUGGCGUCCACGCCGGGACCCCCGCCGAGCCGCCCCAGCCGUCGCCUCACCGCGUGUGCUGCUGGGCUCCGCUAAGGCAUAAUCUGCGAGCGCCGCGCCCGGGCAUUGCCAGCCCCGGGGAGGCGCCGCCUGCAAGGACACCGCUCCGUCCCGCCUCGUCCGCAACUCCGGUCCUUGUCGAGCUCGACGCGAGCCGGACGUCCCCCCUGCGCGCGGCACAGCAGCUCAGUCAGUCCCCCGCUGCCCCAGCUCGGAGCCAACUCCAUCUCGGACCUGGGACUCGUAACGCGGAUCCUCAGCCACUUCUCACCUCGAGGCUGUGCCUGCCUCCCCGGACGCCCUCCCGCUGCCCUCCUCCGCUCAGGACGGGGGUGCCAAGAUGCCCCGCUGCUGCGCAGGGCCCCGGGCCGCCCCCGACGUGUGACCCCAGCCUGGUCCCCCUGCUCGGCCGUCCGCCCUCCCCUUGGAGACCCCCGGCCCGGUCCCCGGGGGAGGAGGAAGACGACGACGAGGCCGAGGGGGGGAUGUCCGGCUCCAAAAGCGUGAGUCCCCCGGGCUACGCGGCGCAGACAGCGGCGGCGCCGGCGUCCCGGGGAGGCCCGGAACACCGCUCGGCGUGGGGAGAGGCCGAUUCCCGCGCCAAUGGCUACCCCCAUGCCCCCGGGGGCUCGGCCCGCGGCUCCACCAAGAGACCCGGGGGGGCGGUGACCCCGCAGCAGCAGCAGCGCCUGGUCAGCCGCUGGCGCAGCGACGACGACGAUGAUCCUCCGCUGAGUGGCGACGAUCCCCUGGCCGGGGGCUUCGGUUUCAGCUUCCGCUCCAAGUCUGCCUGGCAGGAGCGCGGCGGCGACGACUGCGGUCGGGGCAGCCGCCGGCAGCGGCGGGGCGCGGCCGGCGGGGGCAGCACCCGGGCGCCCCCUGCGGGCGGCGGCGGCGGCUCCGCGGCGGCGGCGGCCGCAGCCGGCGGGACCGAGGUGCGCCCCCGCUCGGUGGAGCUGGGCCUCGAGGAACGGCGGGGCAAGGGUCUCGCGGCCGAUGAUCUGGAGGCAAGCGCCGUCGAGGGCGACCACGGGUCCGGGGAUGGCGGGAGCUCGGCGGGCUCGGGCACGGGCCCCAGCCCUAUGUUGUCGCUGGGCGCCUGCUGCCUGGCGCUGCUGCAGAUAUUCCGCUCCAAAAAGUUCCCGUCGGACAAGCUGGAGCGGCUGUACCAGCGCUACUUCUUCCGUCUGAACCAGAGCAGCCUCACCAUGCUCAUGGCUGUGCUGGUGCUCGUGUGCCUCGUCAUGUUGGCCUUCCACGCGGCGCGGCCCCCCCUCCAGCUGUCCUACCUGGGGGUGCUGGCGGCUGCCGUGGGGGUGAUCCUCGUGAUGGCGGUGCUCUGCAACCGCGCAGCCUUCCACCAGGACCACAUGGGCCUGGCCUGCUACGCGCUCAUCGCGGUGGUGCUGGCGGUCCAGGUGGUAGGCCUGCUGCUGCCCCAGCCGAGAAGCGCCUCUGAGGGCAUCUGGUGGACUGUGUUCUUCAUCUACACCAUCUACACGUUGCUGCCCGUGCGCAUGCGGGCCGCAGUACUCAGCGGGGUGCUCCUGUCUGCCCUCCACCUGGCCAUCGCCCUGCGCACCAACGCCCAGGACCAGUUCCUGCUCAAGCAGCUUGUCUCCAAUGUCCUCAUUUUUUCCUGCACUAACAUCGUGGGUGUCUGCACCCACUACCCGGCCGAAGUCUCCCAGAGACAGGCCUUCCAGGAGACCCGGGAGUGCAUCCAGGCGCGACUUCACUCCCAGCGGGAGAACCAGCAGCAGGAGCGGCUCCUGUUGUCUGUCCUUCCCCGCCAUGUUGCCAUGGAGAUGAAAGCAGACAUCAACGCCAAGCAGGAGGACAUGAUGUUCCAUAAGAUUUACAUCCAGAAACACGACAACGUGAGCAUCCUGUUUGCUGACAUCGAGGGCUUCACCAGCCUGGCUUCCCAGUGCACCGCCCAGGAGCUGGUCAUGACCCUCAACGAGCUCUUUGCUCGCUUUGACAAGCUGGCUGCGGAGAAUCAUUGUUUACGUAUUAAGAUCCUGGGGGAUUGUUAUUACUGCGUCUCGGGGCUGCCUGAAGCGAGGGCUGACCAUGCCCACUGCUGCGUGGAGAUGGGCAUGGACAUGAUUGAGGCCAUCUCGUUGGUCCGGGAGGUGACAGGGGUGAACGUGAACAUGCGCGUGGGAAUUCACAGCGGGCGAGUACACUGCGGUGUCCUUGGUCUCAGGAAGUGGCAGUUCGACGUCUGGUCUAACGACGUCACGCUGGCCAACCACAUGGAGGCUGGAGGCAAGGCUGGGCGCAUCCACAUCACCAAGGCCACACUCAACUACCUGAAUGGCGACUACGAGGUGGAGCCUGGCUGUGGGGGCGAGCGCAACGCCUACCUCAAGGAGCACAGCAUCGAGACUUUCCUCAUACUGCGCUGCACCCAGAAGCGGAAAGACGAGAAGGCCAUGAUUGCCAAGAUGAACCGCCAGAGAACCAACUCCAUCGGGCACAACCCGCCGCACUGGGGGGCUGAGCGCCCCUUCUACAACCACCUGGGUGGCAACCAGGUGUCCAAGGAGAUGAAGCGGAUGGGUUUCGAAGACCCCAAGGACAAGAACGCCCAGGAAAGUGCAAACCCCGAGGAUGAAGUGGAUGAAUUUCUGGGCCGUGCCAUUGAUGCCAGGAGCAUUGACAGGCUGCGGUCUGAGCAUGUUCGCAAGUUCCUCUUGACCUUCAGGGAGCCCGACUUAGAAAAGAAGUACUCCAAGCAGGUGGAUGACCGAUUCGGUGCCUACGUGGGGUGUGCCUCGCUCGUCUUCCUCUUCAUCUGCUUUGUCCAGAUCACCAUCGUGCCCCACUCCGUGUUCAUGUUGAGCUUCUACCUGACCUGUUUUGUGCUGCUGACCUUGGUAGUCUUUGUGUCCGUGAUCUACUCCUGCGUGAAGCUGGAUCCUCUGCCCCAGGCCACGGAGGAGAAGGAGGAGAUGGAGGAGCUGCAGGCCUACAACCGGCGGCUGCUGCACAACAUCCUGCCCAAGGACGUGGCCGCCCACUUCCUGGCCCGCGAGCGGCGCAACGACGAGCUCUACUACCAGUCGUGCGAGUGCGUGGCCGUCAUGUUCGCCUCCAUCGCCAACUUCUCCGAGUUCUAUGUGGAGCUGGAGGCCAACAACGAGGGUGUCGAGUGCCUGCGGCUGCUCAAUGAAAUCAUCGCCGACUUUGACGAGAUCAUCAGCGAGGAUCGGUUCAGGCAGCUAGAAAAGAUCAAGACCAUCGGCAGCACCUACAUGGCCGCCUCGGGCCUCAAUGAUUCCACUUACGACAAAGUGGGCAAGACCCACAUCAAAGCUCUGGCCGACUUCGCCAUGAAGCUGAUGGACCAAAUGAAGUACAUCAAUGAGCACUCCUUCAACAACUUCCAGAUGAAGAUCGGGCUCAAUAUUGGCCCCGUGGUGGCUGGGGUGAUUGGGGCCCGCAAGCCUCAGUACGACAUCUGGGGCAACACGGUGAAUGUGGCCAGCCGCAUGGACAGCACCGGUGUGCCUGACCGCAUCCAGGUCACCACGGACAUGUACCAGGUGCUGGCUGCCAACACAUACCAGCUGGAGUGCCGGGGUGUGGUCAAGGUCAAGGGCAAAGGCGAGAUGAUGACCUACUUCCUCAACGGAGGGCCCCCGCUCAGUUAGCAGCUGCCAGCCAGUGAUGCCAGGCAGCCUGGCCUCCAGAGAAAUGGAAACGGCUUCUUUGUGUGCCGGGCGGGCAGGUGGAAGCCUGCGCUCCAGCCCAGGUGGCCGCGCCGGUGAGAUUUUCCACUUUGACCCCAGAAGCAGCUUCUGCCUUUGUGGGCGGGCAGCAGCCUGUGUCCCAGGCCCCGGGGUGCCAGCGUCCUGCGAGCACCAAGCUGACCAAAGAUGUUUCCCUCCGUAGAAGACUCCGCCAGACUCAACCUGAAUCUUGAGUUUUCUCACGGGCGCUGUGGAUACGCGGGUGGAAGGGAGCUGCUGGCACAUUAAUGGGUUUGCGGCUGCCCAGCGCUCGACGGCGGGGCUGAGGGAGAGGCCUCGGUGUCCGGGGGUGGGUAGGUGGCGUGACUCUGGCUCGGGAGAGCCUAGGGGCCCUGAGGCGUCCGCUUCUCUAUGUGAGCCUUUAAAGUUCAGGCAGAGGCCGGGCCCCUGCUCCGUGAAGGGGGCGUUCCGGUAGCAGUGCUGACUUUGCGGGGACUGGCCUCCAUUGCAGCCCCCCUCCAGCACCCACACACACAGCCAAUGCCCCUUUGAGGGGAAGAGAACUAACUGCGAGGGGGAGGCAAGGACUCAAAGCAAGGAGUGGUGGUUCUGAGAAAAGGAAAAGAUUUAUUAAAUAAAACAAAACAAGUUUCUGUGCCCUUCUUUAGACUAUGCUAGUUGUACGCGUGUAAGAGACCCACAAGCAACUGAGGGUGCCACCGGGGAGGGCGGGCGGGGGGCCCCAACUUGUCUUUUUUGUAUUUUUUAUUUUGUAUUAUUGAAAACCUUGGAGAUCUAACAAAUAUACCAAAUUCUAUAUUUUGUAAA